AUGAAUCGUGCAGCCUCACGUCAGGCAUUGGGAACGAGCCUUUUGGUGAAUGCUGCACCUCCCAAUGAAGUACAAACCGCGUCAACUGCUAAAUUGGCGACAACACCAACUCCAGCUGUUGCCACGGUGAUCUUUGAGGUGCCACGACCGCCUGCAAUUGUAGCGUGUAACAAUGAGGAGGUUCGUGUUACUGUAGGUCUAAUUGACCUGCAACCCUCGUAUGACUACGUCACUGUGCCCAAGAGAUCGCUCUCCGCUUUCCUCAAAGCGCAUGUCAAAAACUCCAGCAACUUUUACAUUUUGCCGGGCCAGACCAAUAUCUACUCGGACAACACCUUCAUUGGUAAGGUAAGUGAACCACCAAUAUCAACACAUCAUUCCACUGAAGAGGAGCUUCAGAGUUUCGCUACGGUAAGCUUCAAGCAGGUCAUCGAUGUGCGCAACACCUUCCAACGACCUGUCCGUGUGAUGGUUGUCGAUCAACUGCCUUCCAGUGGAGAGGAUAAGAUUAAGGUUUGUUUUUUUUUCCCCAUAUGA